GAAUGAACGAGCCUGGAGAUUUGAAAUUGCACUGAUUGGAAGGGAGCUCAGGUUAGGUUCGGGCUCCCUCCAAAGGACCCUUUUUAAAGACGGAGGCCUCGAGCUCAAAGCUUCCCCAGACGCUCACCUGGCUCGACAUCAAGCGACAGAGGAGCCGAGCCCCACGCCGAGCGCACGGAGCCGGCGCACGGAGCCGGGUGGAGCGCCGAGCCGCAGGCACCCACAAAUCCAGGAUGAUAGGCGACACUGCAACAAAUCUCUACGCCCAGCAGUUCAGGGGGCUCCGAGGGAAACAGCAAGUCCAAGGAUCCGGGCCGGGAGCCCAGUGAGGCCGCAGCCCUGCGCGCCCUGGGCGGUGAAAAAUCUUGGAAAAUGUAUACAAGUCAUGAAGAUAUUGGGUAUGAUUUUGAAGAUGUCCCCAAAGACAAGAAGACACUUAAAUCCCAUCCAAACAUUGAUGGUGGAUGGGCUUGGAUGAUGGUCCUUUCCUCUUUCUUCGUGCACAUCCUCAUCAUGGGUUCCCAGAUGGCCCUGGGGGUCCUCAAUGUGGAAUGGCUUGAAGAAUUCCAUCAGAGCCGUGGCCUGACCGCAUGGGUCAGCUCCCUCAGCAUGGGCAUCACCUUGAUUGUGGGACCUUUCAUCGGCUUGUUCAUUAACACCUGUGGCUGCCGUGGGACAGCGAUCAUCGGAGGACUCGUGAACUCGCUGGGCUGGGUACUGAGUGCCUAUGCUGCCAACGUUCAUUAUCUCUUUAUUACCUUCGGAGUGACAGCUGGCUUUGGGAGCGGGAUGGCCUACCUGCCGGCCGUGGUCAUGGUGGGCAGAUACUUUCAGAAAAGGCGCGCCCUUGCCCAGGGCCUCAGCACCACAGGGACCGGCUUUGGCACCUUCCUCAUGACGGUCCUGCUGAAGUACCUGUGCGCAGAGUAUGGGUGGCGGAACGCGAUGUUCAUCCAAGGCGCCGUCUCCUUAAACCUGUGUGUUUGCGGGGCGCUCAUGAGGCCCCUCUCUCCUGGGAAGGAGGGAAAGGACCCAGCAGGGAGAGAUCCGCAAGUCCCCCCUGCCCACUCCACGGAAUCAGUUAAGUCCAGUGGACAGCUGGGCAGGGCAGACGAAAAGGAGGGCAAUCCCGGGCGCGAGGAGACCCUGGGUGACCUUGCAGACCAGGCGUGCCCCGAGGAGGCCGGGCACAGGAAGAACAUGUGCGCCUUUCGGAUGCUGAAGAUGGUGAGCCAGCUGACCCUCAGGGUCAGGAAGGGCUUCCAGGAAUGGUACUCCGGCUAUUUUGGGGCAGCCUCACUCUUUACUAAUAGGGUGUUUGUAGCCUUUAUUUUCUGGGCUCUGUUUGCGUACAGCAGCUUUGUCAUCCCUUUCAUUCACCUCCCAGAAAUAGUCAAUUUGUAUAAUUUAUCAGAGCAAAACGACGUUUUCCCUCUGACGUCAAUUAUAGCAAUAGUUCAUAUCUUUGGAAAAGUGAUCCUGGGCAUCGUGGCGGACUUGCCCUGCAUCAGCGUCUGGAAUGUCUUCCUGAUGGCCAACCUCACCCUUGUGCUCAGUAUUUUCCUUCUGCCACUGAUGCACACGUAUGCCAGCCUGGCCGUCAUCUGCGCUCUGAUAGGCUUUUCCAGCGGUUACUUCUCCCUGAUGCCCGUAGUGACUGAAGACUUGGUGGGGAUUGAGCACCUGGCCAAUGCCUAUGGCAUCAUCAUCUGUGCUAACGGCAUCUCUGCAUUGCUGGGACCACCGUUUGCAGGGUGGAUCUACGACAUCACACAAAAAUAUGAUUUUUCCUUCUAUAUAUGUGGUUUACUUUACCUGGUAGGAAUCCUCUUUUUACUCAUUCAACCAUGUAUUCAGAUUAUAGAACAAUCCAGAAAGAAAUGCAUGGGUGGCACACAGGUGUAGUGUCAUGUGAUGUUUCAUGUGAGAUUUCCUUGUGGUUCUCACCCCUACCUCGCCUGGUCGCUGUGAGGAGCCAAUGACAUAUUGUGGGAAAACGCUUUUGUACGGCCACUGGC